ACACACACACACACACACACACGCUCGUAAAAGUAUCAAGUUUCUCUGCAAGGAGACACCGGAAGCCAGCAAAAGUGGAGAGUGAUCAUUCUAAGCCCCCCUGCCCCCGGCCACAUCACAUCAAAUCCUUUAACAUAUUAUCCACAAAUAAAAAGUAAAAUGUCACCGAAGCCACUCAUUAAAUAUAACGUAUGUGUGACUUUAUUUGCAAAUCAGCAGCUGACUCGUUGAUAGAAUGGCUGCAUUUUGCGGCAUUUAUUUAAACACACUACAUACUUUCAACUCUAUGGUUUUCCUUUCAUGAUUCAGAGCCCAUAAUAUUUUCUCCUAAAGUCUGAACUGCCUGGGUAAGCCCCAAGUCUUGGGCUUAGACUGUGAGACGUUUCCUGUCUUCUAGAAAACCAAGGCCCAGAGAAGUCAAGGCACUUGCUCAAGGUCACACAGCAAGUGAGCAUGGGAAGUGAGGGUCAAGCUAGGGUCUUGUGGAUUUCUUAGGCUUAUGAUGAGGAAAUUGGUACUCAGAAAGGCGAAGGGUAUUGAUUAAGGCAAGCCGGGAGAUCAUGCCAGGCUUUUGGCUGCCAAAUCCCCAAGGCUCCAGAUCCUAUUUCAGUGCCUCUUACUUAGGAGAGUCCCAAAAGCUCAAGGUUUGCAGGAGCUUUGAUGGAGGAAUGUCAGGCAGGCGAGCAGAUCUUGUGGCCACCAUCCCUCACAGUUGUCCAUCCCCCCUUCUAGAACCCUCUGUUGGUGGAGGCUGAGAAGAAGGUCUCCUACAACUGCUGCAGCCAGGGCACCAUCUGCCUCCAAAUCCAGAUGGAAAAGAACACUUUUACGCCAGGGGAGAGGGUCAUUUUCACCACGGAGAUCCACAACCAGACCAGCAAGUGCAUCAAGACGGUCACCUUCGCCCUCUACAUCCACGUGCAAUAUGAGGGCUUCACCCCCAGUGCGGAGCGGCGGUCUCGGGUGGACAGCAGUGAGCUGCUCCGGCAGGAGGCCAACACUCAGAUCACGCCCUUCAACACCACCAAGAUCGUCAGCACCCUCAACCUCCCGCAGGUGCUGUCCGUGAGCAGCGGCAUGCGGGACGGCGAGAUCAUGAGUACCCACUACGAGCUGGUCAGCACAGUCCACCUGCCUUGGUCCCUGACCAGUGUGAAGGCCAAGGUUCCCAUCAUCAUCACCAGUGCCCCUGUGGACCCAGACAGCUGCCCACGGCUGGAGGGGGCAGCAUCUCCCAAGAGCCAGGAGUGCCAGAAUUAAGUGCCCAAACUUCUAAAUAUUAAAAGCUUUAUCAGACUCUA